AUGCCUCUCGAAGUCUCCGCGGCUUUAGACCGCGAAGCAGCGAUAUAUCUCACUGGCGAAGUGAUCACGGUCAAAGUGACUUUGAAGAAUUUAGCAGCAAAAGGACGAGAGUCAUUAGCUUGGGGGAGUGUGCAGCUCACUUGUGAGCGCACAAUGGGUGCACAAAUCGGGUCUAGAGAUCGACCAACAACAGCAAUAGCUCGAAGUGCUUCUACGGUAUAUUCAUCCAAACCUAAUGUGUUAUUCUGUGACGUGGAGCUGACCCACGGCGAGACCCGAUGUUUCUCCUGCGAGAUACCCUUACCCACCCAUGAUAUACCUCCGUCGUUUCGUGGGCAUUUGGUCAAGUACCUCAACCGCAUAACAGUCGCUGUACAACAUGUUCGUGCUCCCAUCAAGCUCAUGCAUAUUCCAGUAAGAAUAAUUCCUUCUGUUGGAGUUGACGAAACUGCCAAGACAGACAAGAAUCCGUUUCUGACUGGAGGCAUACCACAUGCAACAAUAUCACAGACUGUUAUGGCGGCGGUUGAUGAGAUCACUGCUCCGAAGCGGCCACACAUGUUUAGUAUGACGAAUGCUCAUGGAAAAGUCGCAACUAUGACGUUAUUCAAAAAGACUUUCCGAUUAGGCGAAGAUAUUCUAGGAAUUCUGAGUUUUGAAGUUCAUUUGAAAUGGAGGCUACGGUUCGAAUUUGUCACCUCUGCUCCACUAAUUAAUGUCGUAUACGGUGAAGUAUGCAAAGCACCUAUAGAUGUUCCUAUAGAAACUUUGGCAUGGAAAGUGGAUAUAUACGUACUGCCAUGUAGCCCACAAAACGCUGCUCUCACUGACUCAUCUCAUGUUGGUAGUUAA